CACAUGUAAUUAUAUAUGAUGAGCCAAAGCAAAAGGCUUCAUCCCCACCAAACCAAGUUCCAGUCCUGAAUAUCCUCUGCAAAAUGCGAAACCAUUUGUGCCUUUUCUCUCUCAUCCUCACUCUCCUCUCUCUCUCUCAUGCUCUCACUCCGUCUUCUCCUCUCCAUUGCGACCAACAUGGCUGUACUAUUCUCAACUCCUAUGGCGCCUGGCCUGAUCGAGCUUCUUGCCACGCGCUUAACGUCACUUACCCCACCACCGAGCAAGAGCUUCGCCUCGCCGUCGCUUACGCCAAUCGCAACAAUCUUAAGGUGAAGGUCGUCACCAAAUUCUCCCACACCAUUCCCAAGUUGGCUUGCCCUUCCGCCGAUAAUACUCUUCUCAUCAGCACCGAGAAGUAUAGUUCGGGCAUUGAAAUUGAUGCCGCUGAUUUGGUUGUGACCGCGGAUUCCGGGGUGCCGCUUCGUGAUUUGAUCGAUAGAGUGGAGGAGAAUGGGUUCAGCUUGGUGGCUGCGCCGUAUUGGGAGGGUGUGACGGUGGCUGGGCUGAUUACCACCGGCGCCCAUGGCAGUUCGUGGUGGGGCAAUGGAGGGGCUGUUCACGAUCAUGUUAUCGGGAUUAGCAUCGUUGUUCCUGCUUCCAAAUCUGAAGGCUACGCCAAGAUUUUGACGCUGGAACGACACGAUCCUCUCCUUAAUGCUGCCAAAUUAUCACUGGGAAUGCUGGGUGCCAUCUCCAAGGUGAAGCUAUCAAUAGAGCAUAGGUUCAAGCGACGCAUAACGUACAAUUUUACUGAUGAUGCUAAUAUGGAAGAUGGAUACAUGGAGCAUGCAAAUAAGUAUGAAUUUGCAGAUAUCACUUGGUAUCCUUCGAAGCAUACAGCUGUAUACAGAUAUGAUUCCAGGGUUCCCUUAAAUGUCUCCGGUGAUGGCGUAUAUGACUUUAUUGGAUUUCAACCCAAUUCUAUGUUGGUCUCCAAAUCCAUCAGAGGAAUAGCUUUGUCAGUUUUCAAAGUAUAUAUUGGCGGAUUCAUUUAUAUAAAAUUUUUCAUUGUCUAUAUCAUUGAUACUGUAACUGGCCGCAUAUUGCAUCGCAUGACUCAUCAGGGUUGUCAGGGUCCUGUUCAUGCUGUAUUCAGCGAAAACUGGGUUGUGUACCACUAUUUUAAUCUCAGAGCGCACAGAUAUGAGAUGUCUGUUGUUGAAGUCUAUGAUCAAUCUCGAGCGGAUAACAAAGACGUUUGGAAGCUUAUUCUUGGAAAGCAUAAUCUUACAUCACCUGUCUCUUCAUACUCUAGACCAGAAGUCAUAGCUAAAUCGCAAUCAUACUUCUUUACCCAUUCUGUGAAAGCAAUGGAAGUGACUUCAACUGUAAAGGGCAUAACCUCCCAACAGCUUCUUAUUGGAACUAUUGGUGAUCAGGUUUUGGCCCUUGAUAAACGUUAUUUGGACCCUAGGCGAACAGUCAAUCCCUCACAAGCGGAGAAAGAAGAAGGAAUUAUUCCUCUUACUGAUUCAUUACCAAUUAUUUCUCAGUCCUACAUUACGCAUUCCCUUAAAGUGGAAGGUCUCCGACGAAUAAUAACAGUACCUGCCAAGUUGGAGUCUACAUCACUGGUCUUUGCCUAUGGAGUAGAUCUGUUCUUUACUCGGAUAGCUCCUUCAAGAACUUACGAUUCAUUAACCGAAGAUUUCAACUAUGCGCUACUUCUCAUUACAAUUGUUGCACUUGUAGCAGCAAUUUUUGUUACUUGGGUAUUAUCAGAGAGGAAAGAACUACAAGAUAAGUGGAGGUGAUUAUGUCGUAAUUUUUUCCCAGAAUUUCUUUAACUUUGAACAUUUGGCAGGUCUUACCCGGCUUUUUUCCCGCAAGUUAAAAUCAGGAGGCACACUUGAAAGUUGUAGCUCUUAUUGCUAUUUUUAAUGUAAAAUUACAUUAAUUUAGGAUGAUUGGAGGAUGUUACUUUAAAUGUUGUAAAUUUAGUUCUAUGGAAUAGGGUCAGACUCAAGGCUACUUACAAUGUGAAAGUACAGUGGAUUGCAGCUGGCGGUACACUCUAUCCCCUUUUCUGCAUGCAAUGCCUCAUUUGACGAUCAAAAUGGGUUUUGGUUUAAGAGAAUGUUAUGGACUUUUUUGUCAA